AUGAGGGUGAAUUCUAGAAUGUUGAUACUUUUGUUAAUCUUCUCAUUAGUCGUUUGCUGCACAUUUUCAGAAUUUACUGAAAAAGAAUGUAGCAAAAACGAAUUCAACUGUGGGAACGGUACUUGUAUAAACAAGACCAGACUUUGUGACGGCAUUGAUGACUGUAGGGAAAAUGGCGCUGACGAAGAUGAUUGUAGUUUUGGAAAAAAGUCUUGCCUGGCAUCUGAAUUCUUUGAAUGUAUUGGUGACGGAAAAUGUAUUCCUAAAGAAUUUGUGUGUGAUAAGUCAGUUGAUUGCAUCGACAAGUCUGACGAAAGUCAUUGUAAAGAAACGUCAUCAUCUCUAACGCAGUCAUGUCGCGAAGGACAAUUCAAAUGCUCUGAUGGAAUUUGCAUUCCAAUGGCCUGGCAUUGUGACACGGAGAUUGAUUGYCAGGAUGGUAGCGACGAAGAUGGAGAAAAAUGUAGAUACACGGCAUUGUGUACUUCUGGUUAUCUGUGCAAAAACUUCAAUUGCGUUUCUAAGACGUGGAGAUGUAAUGGAAAAGAUGAUUGUGGAGACGGUUCAGACGAAACCCAUUGUGAUAUUCAACUGAUUGAGCCAGAAAAUUGUUUAUUAGAAAAUCGUCAAUUUCUAUGUCACGAUCAUAAAAAAUGUAUCGAUGUCAAAAAUGUCUGUGAUUACAACAAUGACUGUCUUGAUACAUCAGACGAAGGCGGCCUUUGCAAYAAUAAAACUGGUAUCAAAAGCGAAUGUGAUUCUAUGAAUUGUUCUGCUGCAUUUGAAUGUUUAAGAAAAMCACAUGGUGUCAUGUAUAUUAAUGARUGUGAACAAUAUGGCAUUUGUGACCAAGUGUGUCUUAAUUUGGAAGGUUCAUACACGUGCUCCUGUGAUCCACAUUAUGAACUAGUAGAUAAUCACAAGUGUAAAAUAAAAGGUCUAAAUCCAGAAUUAAUAUAUUCAUCACUACGGCAAAUAAAAGUUUUUAACUUGGAGUUACUCCGUAGCUUUACUUUGAUUAAUGAUUUGCAACACGUAACUGGAUUAGCUGUCGACAAAUAUACUCUAUACUGGACACUUUAUUUGGAUGGAAACUCAGCUAUAGUUAGAGCAAACAAGUCUGAGCCUAAUCCUGAAAUUAUUGUCGACUCGGGUCUUGGAUCACCUGAGAAUCUAGUUGUAGAUAUUAUCACACAUAAUUUGUACUUCACCGAUGCAAAAAUGAAACAUAUAGGGGUGUGUAAUGAUGAUGGUUCAGUAUGUACAGUUCUUCACAAUAAAAACAUUGAUAAACCAAGGGCAGUAGCUGUUUCACCACAAGAUGGUUUCAUGUACUGGACAGAUUGGGGAAAAAAUCCAAUGAUUGGCCGUUCUGGUAUGGAUGGGUCAAAACCACAACCAUUCGUUACACAAAAUAUACACUGGCCAAAUGGUGUUCAUGUUGAUUAUGUUGGGAAAAGAAUUUACUGGGUGGAUGCUAAGAUGCAAUUGAUUGAAUCCAUUAAUUUAGACGCAACUGAUCGAAGAGUAAUUGUAACAGAAUAUGUCGAUCAUCCAUAUUCGGUUACCGUGUUUGAGGAUAAAUUAUACUGGAGUGAUUGGACAAGUAAAGAAAUAAAAGUAUGUAACAAGUUUACGGGUAAAGAUAGCAGUACGUUGAUACGUGAAAAUAAAAACCGUGUGUAUGGUAUGCAAAUUAACCAUCCUUCGCUAUUCGAGUCUCAAAUGCCGAAUCCUUGUAAACAAGGAAAAUGCAGUGAUAUAUGCUUAUUAGCACCGAAGACAGAAAUCAAUCCUAAAGGAUAUACGUGUGCUUGCCCUGAUGAUAAACUACUAUCGGAGGAUGGAAUCUUUUGUAUCACCAUUGACAUACCUCCUACGYUUAUUGUGAGUACACAAACAAGUAUUAUAGAAAUUGAACAAGAACAUUUAGGCCACCAAAAAGCAAAAAAAAUAUCGUUGAAAAAUGAUGUGUCUAGCAUAUCUGCAGUGGCUUAUAAUUCAUUAUCUGGUGAUAUCAUCAUCUAUGACUCAAGCUCUAAGAAACUAUUCACUUUUGAUUUCGUUAAGAUGAAAUUAUCAGAUUUAAAUGUACCAGAAAUUAGUUCUAUUCAUUCCCUUGAAUUUGACAACCAUGGAAACAACUUAUACUGGUGUGAUAGAACUAGAAGAACAUUAGAUGUGUUAAGUCUCUCUACAAAAGCACAUACUACGAUUUUCAAAGAAAUUGAAGGUCAUAUCCCGUUUGCAGUUACUUUAGUUCCAGAUAAAAGCUUUAUGUUUGUAGCUAUGAAGGAAGAUUCUCAUAUACAUAUUGAUCGAAUUGACAUGGAUGGAAGUAUUCAGUCUCUAGUUCAUAUGGUGGAAUAUGGAUUGACAGGAGAUGAAAUUGCUUUACAUUUUGAUAUGGUUACAAGACUGUUGUAUUUUACUGACUAUAAAAAUGGUAUUAUUGAUAGUGUUAGUGAAGAUGGAACGGAUAGAAGAAUUAUAAAAAAAGCAGGAUUUGUAAAAGAUAUUGUUUCAAUUGGUUUUGAAAUUGUUUGGGUAUCUGAAGGUUCAAAAAUUUUAAAUUGGAUUAAUAGCGUUGAUGGAGACCGAGCAUCUAGAGCUCUUGACAUAGAUGAUUGGAAAAGUGAUUCAAAUUUAUUCAUAACCGUAGCAAAUGGGAUUCGCAAAAAUAUCCAACACUCGUGUCAACAAAAUAAUGGUGGCUGUAGUCAUAUAUGCCUUUUGUCUGAGAAAGGAAAGGUUUGUGGUUGUCCACCGGGAUUAGUUUUAUCAAAUAAUAGCCUAAAUUGUACAUCACUAACAGAGUGUAAAUCUGAYGAAUACCGAUGUUUUACUGGUGAAUGUAUUUCAUCUCAUUCCCGAUGUGAUUUAAAAAAAGAUUGUCCUCGUGGCGACGACGAAGACGUAGUUAAAUGUUUACAUUACACACCAAACUUAUGUCCUAAAUCUCAAUUUUUAUGUCACGAUAAAACAAAAUGCUUGGAUAAAAAACUUAUGUGUGAUAGUACAAAAGAUUGUCAUGAUGGUUCAGAUGAAAUGGAUUGCUUACAUAAGCACACUUGUGAUUCAACUACAGAAUAUCAGUGUACAACUGGAGAGUGUAUUCAGCGCAUAUUUUUAUGUGAUGGUAAUGUGGAUUGUGUUAAUGGUCAAGAUGAAUUAAAUUGUCUGAGUCAAACUUGUAAUAAUAUCACAGAAUUUAGAUGUAAUUCUGGAAACUGUAUACCUGCUACAUGGGAGUGUGAUGGUGAGGUCGAUUGUUUUGAUAGUUCGGAUGAACACAAUUCRUGUGCUACAAAAAAAUGUAAAGAUGAUCAAUUUUCUUGCACCAAUGGUCGGUGUAUAUCACAUAAAUUCACUUGUAAUGGUAAAGAUGACUGUGGUGAUAGUUCUGAUGAAAAUGGUUGUUCGUCAAAUCGUGUAUUCAUGACAAAAAGAGUUUCAAAAGUAUGUAAUGAAAAAACAGAAUUUGAAUGUCAAAACUCGAAGGGACAUUGUAUACCAAUCAAGGCUAGGUGCAAUGGCACAUCUGAGUGUAAAUAUUUAGAGGACGAAUUGAAUUGUGGAUGUCAAAAAUCUAAUUUUUUCAAUUGUCACAAUAAACGUUGUGUAUUAAAAGAUUGGUUAUGUGAUAAACACGAUGAUUGUGGCGAUGGCUCAGAUGAAAGUCAAAUGGCAUGUGAUAUGCUUUCUGAACAAUUAUCAAAUGCAGUUGUUUCAUCAAAAGAUUGUGAUGGAUAUUUAUGUAAGAACCAAGAAUGUAUUCCUCUAGAUCAAGCUUGUAAUAAGAAAAUUAAUUKUAAAGAUGGUUCAGACGAAGGAGAUCUUUGUGGUUUAUCUUGUAUGCACAUGGACUGUAGUCAUACUUGUCAAGAAACUCCAAAAGGUGGGAAAUGUACCUGUUAUCAUGGCUAUAGACUUGCACAAGAUGGUUUAACUUGUAGAGAUAUUGAUGAAUGUGAAAAUGACAAUUUAUGUACUCAGUAUUGUACAAAUUUGGAUGGUUCAUAUAGCUGUAAUUGUUUAAAUUCUGAUUACAUUUUGCGUGCAGAUAAAAGUUCAUGUAAAGCAAUUGGACCUACAAUGGAUUUAGUUUUUUCGAGUGUUAAUGAAGUUAGAAGUACAUCGGGUGAUAUUAAAGAAACAAAUUUACUUUUUUCGAUGCCAGGAAUGACAGUWUCAAGUCUUGAUAUAAACAUUAGAARAAAUCUUAUUUAUUGGACAUCAACCGGUAUUUUAAUUUGUAUGGAUAUGCAACAACAGCAUAAAGUUUACAUGACAGAUUUGUUACACCCUACUUUAGUUCGUAUUGAUUGGUUAACAGAAAAUGUUUACUUUGUACAAAAUUUUAGGGAUAUUGUUGUAUGCUAUUUAAAAGCUAAACGUUGUGCCACUAUAUACAGUGCAAACGUYCAUACAACAAUUAUGGCUUUUGAAAUUGAUCCUCAUUCUGGAGUGAUGUUUUGGUCGGAAACCAUAUGGGCUGUAUUUUCAACACCAACAACCAUUAUUAGGAAAUCUGAUUGCAGUGGAUACAAUGUAAAAACAAUCAUUCAUCAAGGGUUACAAUAUGUUACUGAUUUAGCUAUAGAUCCAAUAAAAUAUWUGAUCUAUUGGGUCGAUCAAGUUAAUUCAACCAUCGAGAGAGCUAAUUACGACGGAACUAAAAUAACUGUGGUGUUCAAYUCGAUAGAAGUAAKAAAGUUAUUUAAACACCUUGAGUAUUGA